UGUCACCGCCUGACGCGGAUCAACGCACACGGUAAGUUAGUGAAUAAACUGCGGCUCCUCUGAGCCCGGACCUCGGCUCCUCUGAGCCCGGACCUCGGCUCCUCUGAGCGGCUCCUCUGUGGAGCUACAGCCGCUGUCAGGAGCUCGGAGCCCGGCAGAGAGAGCCAGAGAGAGCCGCGCUCAGAUGUUUGUUGUUUCCUGGUUGAAGUUGCGUCAAGUGAGAGGAGAAAACACAACUUCCGGUCACAUAUUCACAAUAAGAAUUAACACACACACACACACACACGCAGAGCUACACGGUGUCAUGUUUUUAUAUGAAUCAUCUGCUUAACUGUGUGUGCGUGCGCACCCUUCCUCUUCCUCUCUGAACAGAAAAAAAACAAAGAUGAAGAACAAAGUCUCUCAAGUCAGUGUAAAGAGACGCUUCUGGUCGUGGCAUCAGUACCUGAAGGAACAGAAAUGUGAAGCUGCUCCUGUGACACUGUUCACACAGUUUCAGUUGUUUCCCAGUAGAAGAUCAGGUUUUAAAGUUGGGAUGAAGUUAGAGGGCAUUGACCCUGCACCCGUCCAUGUUCUGUGUUUUAACGUUGCUGAGGUGAUUGGUUAUCGACUGCGUCUCCAUAUCGACGGAUACUCAGAGUGCUAUGACUUCUGGGUAAAUGCUGACUCAGCAGAUAUUAGACCAGUGGGUUGGUGUAGAGACAACAACCACAAACUCCACCCACCUAAAGGCCACAGUGAGACAGCCUUUGAUUGGCAGGUCUACCUUCAGUCCACAGGAUCUCAUGCUGCUCCACCCACUCUGUUCACCUGUCACACUGCUGAGUGUGGGUUUGAGGUGGGGAUGAAGUUGGAGGCGGUUGACAGGAAGAAUCCAGGACUUGUCUGCGUCGCUUCUGUCACUGACGUCAUUGAAGAUCGAUUUCUUGUUCACUUUGACAACUGGGACGACACAUACGACUACUGGUGUUACAGUGACAGUCCAUACAUUCAUCCUGUUGGCUGGUGUGAAGAACAGGGACGACCUUUGACCUCUCCACAGGGUUAUCCAAAGCCUGAGAACUUCCUGUGGGAGGAGUAUCUGCAGGAAACUGGAUCAACUGCUGCUCCCAGAUCAGCCUUCAGACAGAGAGCUCCUCAUGGUUUCCAGGUGAACCACAGGCUGGAGGUUGUCGACAGGAGGAACCCCAUGUUGAUCCGCGUUGCUUCAGUAACAGAAGCAGAGGAUUUCAGAUUGAAGGUUCACUUUGACGGCUGGUCAUCACAGUUUGACGUGUGGUGUGACAGCGACCUCUGUGACCUUCACCCUGUCGGCUGGUGCCAACGCACCGGACACCCACUGGAGCCACCCCCAGGCCCCUCCCCCAUCUCCUCCCCUUCUCAGGGUGUGUGUCCCACUCCAGGCUGUCGAGGAGUUGGACACAUCAAAGGAUCCAAAUACACAGGACAUCACAGUGCAUUUGGUUGUCCAUACUCGGACAUUAACAUGCGUAAAGAGGCGGUGCUUCCUGACCGUCUGGGAGGAGAGAGACUCCUCGUACCUGUCACCAUGAGGGCAGGUGUCCAGGAAGAGGGGGAGCCCAACGACGAUUCUGUUCUGCUUCCACUGGGGAAAAGAAGACUGACAGACAGACUGUCUCACACAACCAAAUUAUUGCGUGUGAAACCAGAAGAGGAGGAGCUUCAUUUGACAGCUCCAGGACCAGAGUCCAGUCUUCAUGCUGCUCUUCACCAGUCUGUCUUCCUGUCAGCCAUGUCAGCUCAGCCCGGUCGUGACCUGUCUCUCUGCUGGGAACAACAUCGUAAGCUGCUUCCAGGGGUCGCUAGAGUCCACGCCACCGCUGUCCAACACUGGAGCGUCCAACAGGUGUCAGAUUUCGUGGAGUCACUUCCUGGUUGUGAAGGGCAGGCGUCUCUGUUCAGAGACGAGCAAAUUGAUGGGCGGGCCUUCCUCCUGCUGACACAGAGUGACAUGAUCAGGAUCAUGUCAAUCAAACUUGGCCCCGCCCUCAAGAUUUACAACUCCAUCCUCAUGUUCAAACACGGCAACAUCAAGAUCCAAUCACAAACCGAGGACACGAUCCAAUCACACGCCGAGGACACGAUCCAAUCACGAGGACACGAUCCAAUCACACGAUCAAUCGUGGGACACGAUCCAAUCACACACUUGUGUUUAGACACCCCCGAGGGAAUUUGUGAUGUUACAACAAAGAUCUCAGGUCUCUUCAGGUCUCUUCAGGUUUCUUCAGGUCUCUUCAGGUUUCUUCAGGUUUCUUCAGGUCUCUUCAGGUCACUUCAGGUCACUUCAGGUCUCUUCAGGUCUCAUUUUUUGAUAUCUACUUCAGGCUCCACCUCCUGA